AUGCCCAAGGCAGAGUUCGGGACGACAAAAUGGAUGAGCAACAAGAUCAAGGCUGCGGGUUUGCAGAAGCUGCGGUGGUACUGCCAAAUGUGCGAGAAGCAGUGCCGCGAUGAAAACGGAUUCAAGUGCCAUCGAAUGUCCGAGGGACACCAGCGGAUGAUGCAGAUUUUUAUCCAGAAUCCGACCAAGUUCAUGGAUGAUUUCUCCCAGGAAUUCGAGCGGGAAUUCAUGCGGUUGAUGCGCACCAGAUACUGCCGAACGCGUGUCUUGGCGAACUCUGUGUACAACAACAUUGUCGCGGAUCGGCAGCAUAUCCACAUGAACUCCACUAUAUGGGUCACGCUUUCGGAAUUCGUCCAAUAUUUGGGGUCUACGAACAAGUGCAAGAUCGAGCUGACGCCCAAGGGUUGGUACGUGGAGUACAUUGACCACGACGAACGUCGCCGACUGGAAGAGCAAGAGAAACGGCGAAAAGUGGAACUGAGCCAGGAGGAGGCAAAAGCCCGACGCCUUGAAGAGCUUGUCGAAGAAGCCAAAAAACGUGGCGGCUAUCAGCAAUGUGCGUAUACGCCGUUGUUGAGGAGAGAUGGCGAAGAAAAAAUCGUCUUGAAAGGUCUAACGCGCCCGUCAGAGAAAACCAGUGAAACGAGCGAUGGGCAAGGCGGAGAGCGCCCUGCUAACGCCCUGAAACUUCUAGAAGCUGAGCUGAAGCGGAAACGGCGUUUUGCCGAGGUGGCAAAGUCGUCGGCCUCUUCAGAUAGUGGAGCGCAUGAACGAGCUCGCGGACGAGAAGGCGAGGACCGACAAAGGCUGAGAUCGGAAGACGGAGGCCUCUCGAAGAAAGUGCGACCUCCCCUAAGCGCGGCUGAGCGGCUUCGCUUAGAGAUUGAGCAGGAGCAAGCAAAGACUCGCGGAGCCCUCUCUAUAGAAAGGACAAGCGACGAGCGCCGACCCCCCAGACACGACGCCAAGGACUCUGACCACUUCAGUCGGCGCUCCGGAGACCGAGAAGCGGAUCGUCACGGUGAAAGUUUGUCAGGUGACGAAACCAAGGAAUGUACAGAUCGUGGAAGAAUGGAAGAUUAUGGGAGAUCCUCAGACUUGCACGGAACGCAUUCCGGAGGACCCGAACCGCAUGAGAGUGAAGACGACGAGAGGAAGCCGCCACCGCAUAAGUAUCGGAGCAAGGAUUGGUGGCUCAAGGAGGGUUGCAUAGUCAAAGUGAUGCAUGAGGAGCUGGGCGAUGGACGCUACUACAAGCAGAAAGGCACAGUUCUUCGAGUCGAGGAGAGAUACGCGGCGUACGUCAAGAUGCUGGAGGGCGGCGAUCUCAUUCGACUUGACCAAAAGAUGCUGGAAACGGUCAUCCCGAAUAUCGGCGGGAGAGUUCGGAUCGUGCUGGGCGAGUGGAGGGACCACGAAGGCAAGAUGGAGGGCAUUGACAUGGACGCUUUUUGUGUGCACGUGGUUGUCGAUGCGGGCCCCAUCUUCAAAGUUAGGCCGAAUCUCGCUCCCAUAGUGGUGAAAAAUCUGCCUUACGAGCACGUGUGCAAGGUUGCCUAA